GGUGGUGAGGAGAGGCAGCAGGCAGGUCUGCCAGGCAGCGGUGGUCCGUGCCCAGGCGGGAUGGGCUCUGUCUGGGUUCUAGCUGUGCUUCUCUUUUGCUCCUGCUGGAAGGCUGGAGUCACUGCCAGCUCUGCAGUCAGCCUAUCGGGACUCACCGAGUUGUUCUCACCCAACACAGGCCUGGGCAUCGGCAGUUCAGCUCCUUUGGUGACAACCAGCAACACGGAACAGGGGGACAGGCCCCGCUCAGGGGGGGCUCUCCAGACCACUCACCUGACUCAGGAUGUUCCUCUAGACGCUUCAACUCUGAGCACCUCCCCUACAACGUCAAUCCUAGAUAUUCAGACCACCUCCCCUACAUCACCAACCUUAGAUAUUCAGACCACCUCCCCUACAAUGUCAACCCUAGAUAUUCAGACCACCUCCCCUACAAUGUCAACCCUGGAUAUUCAGACCACCUCCCCUACAAUGUCAACCCUAGAUACCCAGACCACCUCCCCUACAGCAUCAACCCUGGAUAUUCAGACCACCUCCCCUACAACGUCAACCCUAGAUAUUCAGACCACCUCCCCUACAAUGUCAACCCUAGAUAUUCAGACCACCUCCCCUACAUCAUCAACCCUAGAUAUCCAGAUCACCUCCCCUACAUCACCAACCCUAAAUAUUCAGACCACCUCCCCUACAAUGUCAACCCUAGAUAUCCAGACCACCUCCCCUACAUCAUCAAACCUGGAUAUUCAGACCACCUCCCCUACAUCAUCAACCCUAGAUAUCCAGACCACCUCCCCUACAUCACCAACCCUAAAUAUUCAGACCACCUCCCCUACAACGUCAACCCUGGAGACCCAGACCUCUUCCCUUGCAGCAUCAACCCUGGAGACCCAGACUUCUUCCCUCAUAGCAUUUACCAUAGAUACACAGCCCACUUCUCCUGCAGCAUCCACCCUGGAGACCCAGACCACCUCCCCUGCAGCAUCCACCCUGGAGACCCAGACCACUUUCCCUGCAACAGAGGCCCUAGAGAACCAGACUAUUUUCCCUGUUGAUUCGACCCUAAAAACCCAGACAGUUUCCUCUGUAACAGAGACCAGAACUCUCGCAAUAAGAAUACCUUCCAACUUCAUGGUCGUGCAUCCCAUCCCUACGGACACUUCGGCUACACAGAGCAGCCCCAGGACUGGAAUGAGCACUGCCAUGACUGGCACACUGAGUGAUCCCAUAGGAGUCGUUGGCACCCUUUGUAUUGAUGACAGCUCAGAAGAGGCGAGGAAGAUCACAAUUGACCUCUUGACCUUGGCAUACACCUCCACAGAAGCCGAACACCUGUCCUCAGAGAGCAGCUCCUCCUCGGAGAGCUCAGCUGGCUUCCUCGCCAGCUCACAGGUCCUGGGGUCCGAUAUUGCAACUCCAGCCAAGGACUUGGUUGCCUUCAGCAUCACCCAGAUUAAGCUCACCACCUGCAUCACAGAAAUAGAAACGUCUGUCAUCGCCUCAGACACCAACCACGGCCCUACAGGAGCGACAGCCUUGUCCACUUCUGAGACGCUCACCUUGCCUCAAUCCCCCGAGGCAAAACCACUUAGCCCCAAGACCACAAGCUCACCUGGGACCCCGUCAACAGCUGGCACCUCAACCCUUGCCACCACCCUUGAGGGCACACCCUCUAUUAGUGGCGUCACAGAAAGAGGAACAACAGUGGCUCAGAAUCCUACCUCCGGAGUCCCUUCAGGGACAGUUAGUACGAACCCACUGAAAGAGACCUCAACACUCUCUACAGCGACACAAAGCCACACUGAGGUCUUGGGAACAACGACCAUCCCCAGGGCUACUGGGUCAACAAUGGGAGAAGCAACCUCCUUCACUAGUUCCUCAACUCCAGACAACAGUCCCUCAGCGGGGGUCACCACCAAGAGCUCUACUACCUCGGAGACUUUAACCAGCAGCUCCCUAGCCAAGACCACGGCCCCACCAAGGACCGCAGUGGAGCCCCUAACGUCUACACCCACUGCUGCUUGGACAAGGACCACAAAACACGAUCCAGGGGGAGAUGGAGGCUUCCUCCUUGUACGGCUGAGUGUGGCCUCCCCUGAGAACCUCACUGAGCCCAAAGCCGUAGAGAAGCUGAUGGACCAGCUCAGCUGUGAACUGCACACCCACAUGCCCCUUGUCCAAGUGUCCUUACUGAGCGUCAGAAGGGGCUGAAGAAUGUUAGCUGCAACCAAGCAUGUCCUCUGUAGCAGAAGAAGAGUAGUGCUGCAUGUGGCCUGAACCCCAAACAGACCAAAGCCGUGGUACUGUGCUGUGGACCCACAAGGUUCCCAUGAAGGUCAGCUGGCCUGAGAACCCUGCCCCAUACCUGACCACAAGACCUUGGUCCACUAUGCCUGGGUGUGUGUGUGCAA